AUGACUAGGAGGUCCAACAAGGACAACCUAGUUGAACAUCCAGAUAUAGACAAGCUCGAGAAGUUAAUUAGGAAGCAAAAAGCCCAAGAGAUGGCCGACGAAGCAGCUCGCGCUCACGCCGCUGAAGUGGCGCGCGCUAAUGAAGGAGAGAUCCUCCUCCUCCUAAUCCACAAGAUCCUGCUGGAGAUAAACCCUAUCCAUCCACCACUUCCUGCAAGGAAUGACUAUGAGAUCAAGCCUCAGAUCAUAGCAUUGGUUAGACAGAACCAAUUCAAUGGCCUUCCAGCCGAGCAUCCUCUUGAUCACAUAGAAAACUUUGAAGAGAUCUGCAGCACUACUAGAUCCAAUGGAGUCUCAGCUGACUACUUGAAGUGCAAGCUCUUUUCAUUCUCUCUUGGCGACAAAGCUUCAAGAUGGUUGAAGUCUCUGCCAGCUCACUCCAUUACCACUUGGGAUGAGUACAAGGCCGCUUUCAUCAACCACUUCUACACCAAGUGA